CUUUUCCUGCCUCGCGCUGCCUGCGAGCCCUAAACACGGCGAGACACGACGACCAAACAUCCGAGUAACACUCGCCUGAGAAACAUGUCUCCGCUCUGCGAGCUCCACCGUGCACUCCGUGGCGUCUCUUAGCGCGUUCGUCCGGGAUAUCUAACCCACCCGCCUAUCUCCGGAGUCGUUACACCUCAAGUGAUUCAUAGAUGAAAAGAAAAGAUGAGCAAGCCAUGACUGCCUCGCAUGUGGCAUCUCGGAGGACAGGCUUGAUUUCCUGUGCUGUCUGACCCCCAGGAGAUCACCAGGGAUGCAGAAAAACAAAACAAAAGCUAUACUGCAUGAAUCAUAAAAGAUGAUGUCCGAGGAGACCCAACACCGAGCGCUUGAGGAGGACCUGGAGUCAGAAGAGGGUGAUCUGGAAUCAUAUUUGGAGGAGGAGAGCAGCAGUGAGCUCCUGGAGCGUGUCAGAGAGCUUCAAGCUGAGAACUCGGCUCUUUCUCUCGCCAACGAGAGCCAGAGAGAGGCUUAUGAAAGAUGCCUGGAUGAAGUAGCCAACCAUGUUGUCCAAGCCUUACUCAACCAAAAGGAUCUUCGGGAAGAGUGCAUAAAGUUGAAAAUGCGAGUGUUUGAUUUGGAGAGGCAGAACAGAACACUGUGUGAACUCCUCCAAGAGAAACUGCACAAUCAGUCAUGUGUACAUCAGCAGACUGGGUCCUGCUUGGAACACAUUUCUGACCUCCAGCACACUGAUUCAAACAAACAGAUUGAAACUCAGAGGAAUGCACAAUCUAAGGGAAAUGGAGAGUGUGCCCAAACUUGCUUUCCUGAAACCCAAAGCUCCACCACCUCCAUGGACGCCUUAUCUCCUUUUCUGAAAAAGAAAGCACACAUUUUGGAGGUCCUGAGGAAGCUCGAGGAGACGGAUCCUCUACGCUACCAUCGUUCCCCUGGCAUCUCUUCACUCUGUGAAUAUAGCCAAGCUCUGGUCUCUAAGGAUGCCAUGUUGGCUUGCAGAGACAACUCGCCCCGGUGCAACGUGACUAAAACGCAUUGUCCCCAUUCAUGUUCAGAUGUUUGUAUUGGUAUCAAUGGAGCAGAACACAACAGUGUAAAGUGUGGAAGCUGUAACACAUGCCUGAUUCUAUCCAAUAAGGACUCAAUCAGUCUAGCCAACAGUAGCCACAACUGCUGCACUUCAAAUACAAUUACUAUAGACAACCUUAACCUGGCUCCACCUGAAUUUCACAAGAACCAAGACUUGCAGAGCCAUGUGAAGCCUACUACGGGUACUAGUGAACUCCUAUCAAUCAGGAAGUCUGCCGAUUUGUCUGUUCUUCCGACCGAAAAAGGUCUUGAUCCAUCCAGUGAACUUUUAUCAACAGAAGCCACUGACUCUUACUCCAACAUGGCAGUACCUGAAAGAGACCAUAAUAGAGUGCCUGAUCAUGCACCAGCGAAUUCCCUUGCACUGUCAGAGAAAGAGACUCGAGAUAAGAAUAGAAUAUCAGAUGUUUUAUUGAAUUCCCAGUUAUCACAAAGUGGCAACACUGCCAGUGAACAGAUUAGUCAUGAAAGUACAAAUGAUACAAGUACUCUGGAAACAGACUUUAAGCACUUAAAAACUGUAUCAUCACAGAAGCUUGAAAAAGUCACAGAUGCUGAAGAAUUUCUGCAGAAAGGGGAUACUGAUGUCCAGCCAAUCACCUCCAAGUUACCUAGUCUUGGUCUGAAUGACAGCCUGCAAGACACAUUAAGUGAGGUAGAAAGUAGCGAACCUGUGCAUAAAGGGCUACUGUUUUCUCCCAAUGAGAAUCAUACAGCAUCAAGAGUACUAGAUGAGAUAUGUGUCCCUGUGAAGGACAGCACAGCACAAGACCUUCAGGCUGAUGGCUCUAAACUUGUAAACCCCAACCAGGUAUGUAUAAAAGAAGUCAAGUCCUCCCCUUCAAAGCUGCUCAAGUUUCUCAAGAUUCCAACCCUUGGGGAACGUGCCCCAGUAGCCAAUCCACCCCGUCUCAGCCCUCAGCUAACACGCAGCUCAAAGAUCCCUUGUCGCAGUAACAACUAUGAGGUACACCAUUCACCAGUUGCUACCCGCAAAGCAACCACAGCAGAAAGGCAAAAACAGCCACCUUGUCCCAAAUCAGAGCCUUAUCCAGCUACACAUUCUGCUCCAACCUCUCCACCCAUGUCUGAUGAACCACCCCCAGUGGUGCCAAAAGAGCUGAACUGUGGCAUACCCAAAAGCAGUCGAGGAGGCAAACCUACACAAACUGCUCCCUUGCAAAAGACACCCCAGAAAAUACCACACUAUGAAAAUAUUCCUGAUCUCUCCAGUGCCAGUGGCUCAGAUAUAUCCCAGGUUCUUGGAGAGGUGAGCUCUGCUCUCCGUUAUGCCAGCUCUAACACAGAAAAAAAUAAAGGAAAGAUAGGAAGCCUUGGUCUAGAGAGGCCCACGAGUUUCAAAUCUCAAAACACUUCACUAGGCUCUGACUUCUCGGACCAAGAGGAGAGCCCAGACAGCCCUGUAUGGCAUAAGCAGGCCAACCAUCGCAGUUUGCCUAGUCAGUCAUCUUCACAGAAGUCACAAAUGAGUGGCAUGAGGUCCAGGAGCCAAGAGAAAAAUGAGUUGGUGAAAGAACACAUACCAAGUGCAGGAUCACCCAACAAAAAGAAUGAUCCACCACCCAUUCCCAAGAAGACGGGCGUAGGCAGACACUCGGGUGAAUCCAGCCAUUCCUUUAAAGAAAGACUAGCUGCACUUGGCAAGCUAAGGAACCCAGAAGAAUCAGCUUGCUCCCAGGCGCCCGAGAAAAAAGAAUUGCCUCCACGAACCGGCGACAAAAGUAAAGCAGCCGACUUCAAACCUGAAGAACAUAAACAUUUAAAAAGUACAGAUUCCGUUGAAGAAAAGCCAUACGUUGCAGGUCAUAUGGACGGUGCUGUCUCAAAGCUUUCUGAUCAAGGCAUCAAAUCAAUACCUGCAAGCUCUACAAUCUCUAAGCUGGAAAGUGAAUCAUCUAGAAUGUCCCUUGCAAAACCAGAAAGCCCUAAAUCUAAAAUGCCAGCACUGUCUAGCAAUUUAGAAGCUGCACAAGCUUUGCGUAUCUAUGCUAAAAAUGCAACACCACAUAGUCUUUCGUACAGUGGCAAAAACCUUUCGAGUCCCCACACCAGCAGCCCUAACAGGAUUCCUCUAAAAUCUCCAACUAAAACCGUACCACCAUCUUUGAGUCGAGAUGGAAAACCAACCCAGGAGCUUCCAAGGUACUUGUCCAAAUCUGAAGACAGAAACCAAUCUCGAGCCAAUAAGAAGAAAAACUCAUUUGGAGAGAGCCUUCCUCCUCCACCUCCGAGACCUGCAGAGUCGGUUGAAGAAAAGAGACACUCUGCACCAAGCCCUCAGUCCUCCAUUGAGCAAAAGGUCAUGAAGGGCAUUGAGGAAAAUAUGCUGAAGCUUCAAGAACAGGACAAGAGUCAAACACCUGAAAUUAAACAGAAGGCUUCUAGUGGAAUUGCCAACUGGUUUGGCUUGCGGAAAAGUAAGCUGCCAGCUCUUAAUCGGAAACCCGAACCUUCAAAAGGCAAAGAUGAUAAGAGAGAAUGGAAACUCAAUAUAUCCUCAGGGGGAAAGGAUUCUAAAGUGGCUACUAAAAAGCCAGAGAGCGAGAGCUUGAACAUAUCCAUGUUAAUGGAAAAAGCAGAGGGGCUACACAAAGCCCUGGAAGAGGAACGUGCCUAUGUGAAGGGUGUUGCUAUGGACCGACAAGGAAAGGGACAUUCCUGUGAGGUGGUGAUGGACCAAGCUCAGGGGCAGCUGUCUGUAAUGUACAGGGGUGUGCCAUCAGACAACUUCAUGCAGCAGCUGCUUAACCGGGUGGAUGGAAAGGAUGUCGGAGGCAUCGGCGUGGCUCAUCGACGCUUGUCAUUUGAUUAUAAAACCAGGCCUGUCUUCAGCCAUCAUGGCACAAGUGGUAUUUGUCAGACAAGGAGUAGUGAGGACAUGGAAAAGGCUGCAUCUUUAAUGACUAAAGUGGAUGGUGUGUCCGAUGAGAACCUGGCUGAUUCAAUUCACCACGAGCACUUUGCAGGCUCUGGAAUUUCCACACACACCCUGGACAGUGGUAUUGGCACAUUUCCUCUUCCUGACUACAGUGUGAAUGCUGGAUGUAAAAGUGUCCCCAAAGGAAAGGCCCAAGGGGAGAAUGAUCCUUCUUUUCCUCAGGGAAGACAUGGCUCAGGGAUUAAAAUUCCUCACAAGGCCUGGACUUUGGAAAGAGAGCUGUCAUCUUUAGAGGAAGAUUACAUAAUGGGACAGGAAAUGGAUAGAACCCCACUGGAGGGCAUGCUUGCACCCAACCAAGUUGCUGACAUGGGUCAAGAAGGAGCUGAUGUCUGUGGCGGACCCGUAAGAUCUGGCUCCAUGAAGAACUGGACAUUCCCCAACCUCAAAGGAUCAACAGAGCCGUCUGAUGUUUAUCUUGGAGUAGAAGAGGCCUUAGAUUCAGUGAACCAGAAGAGCUCAUUUAGGAGGCGCUCAAAGACUAGUGACAUCCCAUUCAGGCGUGACAGUGACCCCAGAAGCCUCCCGCAGCCAACUCAGGUGCGCAGAGGCAAGGCACGUGCUCCCGUCAACCCAGACCUGGGAAGAGAACCUGGGUUAGAGCUGGUGAGGGAGAGGCCUGAUGACACACUUUCCCCUAGCCACCCCCAGGUCCUAGAGACCCCUGAAUCCCUCAGUGACUCUCUCUAUGAUAGCCUGUCCUCCUGCGGUAGCCAGGGCUGAGAGGGAGCACCAGUAGCUGAGUGGAAUAGAAUCGGCUGACUAUCAGGUACCGACUUUUUCUACACCUAAAUGCUGGUUAUGUCAGGCAGCAGUUUUUUUUUUUGUUUUUUGUUUUAAAAAAAAAAAGGUGGACACUUACAAGACGGCACGCUUUUGGCACCAGAAGACAACCCAGUAUGCUUUCCUGCAAGAAAUCACAUUUUUUAUCUGAGAAUUUCUACUGGACGAAAGCCAGCGUUGCGUGAACACGUUUGAGGGAUUUCUUUGCUUGUCAUGUUUUUAAACAAGUCUUUACACCACAUUCAUUCUGAUUCAGGUUGUAGCAGAGUAGAGACAUGUCACCUUUGUGUCAUUAAAUUGUUUGUAAUGAUUGGACACUCAUAACCAUUACAAGUCUUCCAUUAAAAAAAAAAAAAAAAAAAAAAAA